AUGGCUCUUGGUUGUGGGUACAAGUGUUUGCAAUGUUUGCUAGUUAUUUUCAAUUGUGGAGCAUUCAUAUGUGGUCUCGGGCUGAUUGUGAUUGGUGCACUUGGGCUCCAUUCUGUUGUAAAUCACUGGAAAGACAUUGAACCUCCAUUACAAUCGCUUAUUAUCUUUAUCAUUGUCCUCGGAUGCUUCUUAUUUGUUUUGGGGGCUUUGGGGAUGUUUGGCGCAUGCACGAAGAAUGUUUGUUUAUUAACGACGUACUGUAUUCUUUUAUCGAUUUUGAUAGUUGCCGAAAUAGCAGCAGGAAUAUUUGCUAUAGUGGAAAAGCCCAAGGUCAAAAAACACGUCACUGAUGCGUUAAGCGAAUUCGUAAAAGAGUACUAUCAGGACGAACGUGUUGGAAAAGUUCUCGAUGAAGUUCAACGAAAAUUACAAUGCUGUGGUGCGGAUUCUCCAGCAGAUUAUGGCAUUAAACAACCGAAAUCCUGUUUCAAAGAUGGCAUAAUGUUUACAGAGGGGUGCGUUAAAAAGCGUUUUUCUGUUCGCAUUGGUUCAAAUGGUUUGUCUGGUAUUUGCAAGCCAUUCUUAUUGUGCCUGUCAUCAUCAUCAUCAUCAUCAUCAUCAUCAUCAUCAUCAUCAUCAUCAUCAUCAUCAUCAUCAUCAUCAUCAUCAUCAUCAUCAUCAUCAUCAUCAUCAUCAUCAUCAUCAUCAUCAUCAUCAUCAUCAUCAUCAUCAUCAUCAUCAUCAUCAUCAUCAUCAUCAUCAUCAUCAUCAUCAUCAUCAUCAUCAUCAUCAUCAUCAUCAUCAUCAUCAUCAUCAUCAUCAUCAUCAUCAUCAUCAUCAUCAUCAUCAUCAUCAUCAUCAUCAUCAUCAUCAUCAUCAUCAUCAUCAUCAUCAUCAUCAUCAUCAUCAUCAUCAUCAUCAUCAUCAUCAUCAUCAUCAUCAUCAUCAUCAUCAUCAUCAUCAUCAUCAUCAUCAUCAUCAUCAUCAUCAUCAUCAUCAUCAUCAUCAUCAUCAUCAUCAUCAUCAUCAUCAUCAUCAUCAUCAUCAUCAUCAUCAUCAUCAUCAUCAUCAUCAUCAUCAUCAUCAUCAUCAUCAUCAUCAUCAUCAUCAUCAUCAUCAUCAUCAUCAUCAUCAUCAUCAUCAUCAUCAUCAUCAUCAUCAUCAUCAUCAUCAUCAUCAUCAUCAUCAUCAUCAUCAUCAUCAUCAUCAUCAUCAUCAUCAUCAUCAUCAUCAUCAUCAUCAUCAUCAUCAUCAUCAUCAUCAUCAUCAUCAUCAUCAUCAUCAUCAUCAUCAUCAUCAUCAUCAUCAUCAUCAUCAUCAUCAUCAUCAUCAUCAUCAUCAUCAUCAUCAUCAUCAUCAUCAUCAUCAUCAUCAUCAUCAUCAUCAUCAUCAUCAUCAUCAUCAUCAUCAUCAUCAUCAUCAUCAUCAUCAUCAUCAUCAUCAUCAUCAUCAUCAUCAUCAUCAUCAUCAUCAUCAUCAUCAUCAUCAUCAUCAUCAUCAUCAUCAUCAUCAUCAUCAUCAUCAUCAUCAUCAUCAUCAUCAUCAUCAUCAUCAUCAUCAUCAUCAUCAUCAUCAUAUGCUAGCAGUAAUAAAUGGCGGAAUUUUGUGACGUCAUGA